GCUGGAUGUAGUAAAACCACGUAUGGUACUGGUGCCAGAGAAGGCCCACUAAAAAGGAAUCUCCAUAAUAUCAAAGGAAAGCGAGAGACCUUCCUAUCACAUUAUCAGUGAUAUACCUACACUAGCUGGUGAGGUAAGGAACACUGGUUAUUAGGCUUCUGUGUAAAAGGAGUCAGAAAAGCUGAGUCGGUCUGCCUUUUAGAAUGAACAUGCUGACUGACUUCUUUACUCAGUUGAUCAGACUGAGGUAGCAUUGCAGUUCAGUGUAGUUCAAUUCUGGAAAACUACCAACUGUUAUCAAAGGUAACUGGUGUAGACUUGUGUAUUUGUUUAUGUAAUAAUAAUAAUAAUAAGAAUAAGAAUAAUAAUAAUAAUGCCACUUGAAUCACAGACUUUUAUAAUAAGAGGGAUUUCAGCCUGUGCACGUAUAGCACAAGAGCUAAGAAGAAAUCUGUGAUUAUGUAACAUGUUUGUGUUCGUGUUGUGUGAAACAUGCACGCUUAGUUUUUAGCAGAGUUUUAAAAAAAAAUGCUUUCAUAGAUAUGAUUGAGAAAAUAAGUAAGAAAUAAAAAUAACCUUUUUUGUAAUGCUGUACUUAACAUGCUUUAGGUUGAAUUUAAGUAAGACGCUCAGCUCAGAACUGUUCCUAAGUACUGUAUGGAGUGCUAAGGAGGUUAAGGUGACUGUGCCUAUUUUGACUAACUCCUGACAGAUUAAUCACUACACUGGAAUAAACCCACUUGCACUCCCACUAUAUACCAUAUAGAUAAAGCCUUUCUGAUACUGCAUUCUGUGCCAGCAUGAAAUGCAUGUGUUAAUUCCAUAUUCCAUCGUGUCUAUUGUUGAUUUUCGCACUUGAAGAAUGGAUAGUUUACUGCACAAAACGGUACCCCAUGACUCUUUAUUGAGUAUGUAUGUGUAUAUGCAUAUAUGCACAGAAAGAUAAAUGGACUGUAGUAAAUGACAAGAAAAACAAUCGCUCUUGUUGUUUAUACAACCACAGAACCCCCCCAUGGAAUGAUUAUCUUAUAGUUCAGUACAAUCUAUUUAUUAUUAUUAUUAUUUUCUUUUAUACAGUACUGGAAUUUUACACUGUAUGAACAAGGAAAAUGAUAAUCGCUGAAAGACUGAUAUUAUAGACAAAUUAUUAUUAUUUAAUUUUAUGUCGUGCUUGCGGUCAGACCUGGGGUCAGCUACAGUUGUAUUUCUGCAAUUCAUAAUGAAUUGCUAUUACAAUGUAAUUUGAAUUUUAAGUGUAAUUGAGCCUUGGCACGCCUGCGUAAUUGUAAUUGAACUAUACCAUUGAUGAAUUACAGUUCAAUUACGCAUUUCCAACCACUUUAGUGACCCCAUUUGUUUGAAAAAAAAAACAAAAAAACACUUAUAUCAUAUGUUUCUGUAUUUGUGCCUGUAAUUAUUGCUUGGUUAUUUGGAAUACAUAGAGUAAACAUGUUAAAGUGAGUAGUUGUUUGUGUUACUUUUGAGUAUAUUUGUCGUUAUAAUUGUAAUUACUGCAGUGUAAUUGUAAUUGCAAUUUCAGCUGACCCCAGGUCUGUUUGCAGUGCUGUCAUGAAAGGUGAGGGACAGUUGCAUCAGCAAGGGGUGAUGAGAGCUUCACCCAGUGAGCGCACCUCAAUCCUGGCCUGAAUGUUCCGCUAGUUCUGGGCCUUAGCAGAGACUUCUGAUUGAGCUGAAUUGUGUGGUGGUUUGUUGAUGUGGACAGGGAGCUGGGUUGAGAAGACUCAAACUCAUUUUGCUUCUGACAUGAGCACAAUUAAAACUCCUCUAGAGGUGCAAGGCAUACAAAGUUAAUGAAUCAACUCACUACGGCACCAAAAUUAGCUCAUGCUAAUUUUGAGCUGAGUGGCUUUCUCUUAUUGUAGUUUCGAAGGUGGGAAGGGGGACAGAGUUGUUUUGGCAUCAUUUGAUCCCAUUGUUAGGAUUACAGAUAAAGCACUACCUUUAAUUUAUUACAACAAUUAGAACUUAGCUCUUUUGCCUUCAGCAAAAGUUACAUUCAUCUUAUUUAAAACAUGUAGAAUUGUUGCUCCCAGCUCUCUCUCUUUCUCUCUCUCAUCAGGAAUGCAUAUUCUUUAUAUUAUUACAGACUUGGUUCCAUUACAAUGGCUCAACCAACAUUUUAUGGAUCACUGCAAAGUAUUGGAUUUUUUUUUUAAUUAUAUUGUUUAUCUAUGUAUCAGUUACCAAGUUAUUUUUUAGCAGCCCGGAUCUUUGCAGUAUUCAGAAUGAUACGGUCAAUAGAGGUGGAGCCUUCAGCACCAACAGCACUGAAUGAAAAUGGUCUAUCAACGAUUUUGGCAAUGGUGGUGGAGGAGGUCCGGUUAUCGAUAAGCCGGGACAUAAACGGAGCUGACCUGUUGUAUAACCUGCUCAAUGCCCCCUGGCUACAGUCACUGCUGAAGAUAUAUGCGUGUCUGCAACAGUACCUGACAAGGAGAGCCACACCUUUCCUACCUUCUGCAUCUGCACUCUCACAAGAGGUUAUCUCUGACCUCAGAACAGCCUCCCCCUCUCCUGAAGUGAAAGAACUCCACAGACUGCUGAGAAAACCCCACAUGCAGGCUUUGCUUUUUGCUCAUGAUACGGUGGCCCAGAAGGACUAUGAACCGAUCCUGCCGCCCCUGCCUGACAACCUACCAGAUGAGGAGGAGGCAAUGAGGAUCGUGUGCCUGGUGAAGAACAAGCAGACGCUGGGUGCUACAAUAAAGAGGAAUGAGGUAACUGGAGAAAUCGUGGUUGCCCGGGUGAUACAUGGAGGCCUAGCAGAUCGCAGUGGGCUGCUGUACGCCGGUGAUAAGCUGGUGGAGGUGAAUGGAGUUGCUGUAAAUGGGCUGGAACCUGAACAGGUCAUCCAGGUUCUGGCCCGGUCUGCUGGCAAUAUUGUAUUCAAGCUGGUUCCCAUCUCUGACAGGCCAGUCAACAGCCAGACAAUGCUGUAUGUGCGAGCCAUGACUAACUACUGUCCCCAGCAGGACCCUGCCAUCCCCUGUGCCGCAGCCGGCAUGACAUUCCAAAAGGGAGACAUCCUGGAAAUUGUGGACCAGACUGACGCCCACUGGUGGCAGGCGAGGAAAUUGCCCAACACAUCCUCGUGUGCAGGCCUGAUCCCCUCCAGCAAUCUCCUCAAGAGAAAACAGAGAGAAAUCUGGUGGUCACAGCCCUUACAGCCCCAUGAAUGCAUCAAAAGUACAAUAUUGAGUACUAUGGAAGAAGAGGAGGAGGACAUGUUAACAAUUGAUGAGAGAUGUGUUGAAACAGAUGAAGAAGAUUUUGAAUCUGAAGAGGCUGAAUUUAAUGGAUACAAUCAAGGCUUUUAUGUAGCUGGUUUCUGCAGAAGCAUGCGUCUGUGCCGCAGGAAGUCCCAGGGCUCCCAGCAGUCCUGCUACACGCGCUGUGCCAGCAGCUGCUCCAGCUCUGUAGCCUCCCCCUAUGAGGAAGUGGUGAGAUACCAGCGCCACCCAGAGGACGGACACCGCCUCAUUGUGCUUGUUGGUUCAUCUGGAGUUGGGGUGAAUGAGUUGCGGAAAAGACUUAUUGAAAUCAACCCCAAAAAUGUCCAAGGCCCAGUCCCACAUACCACUCGUCCUUCUAAGAGCUAUGAAGAGGCUGGGAGGGAGUAUCACUUCGUAUCCAAGGAAACAUUUGAACACAUGGUUUACAAUCACAGGUUCCUAGAAUAUGGAGAAUAUAAGAGACAUUUGUAUGGUACCAGCAUUGAGUCGGUAACUGCAGUUCUACAGAGUGGGAAAAUCUGUAUCGUUGACAUGGAACCACAAGGACUCCAAGGUGUGAGAACACAUGAGCUCAAGCCAUUUAUUAUAUUCAUCAAACCACCCAGCAGCAAUCGAAUGAGGGAGACUAGAAAGAAUGCACAAAUCAUCACAGAAUAUUACGUCAACCGACCUUUUAAAGAUGAAGACUUCCAGGAGAUGGAGGAGAACACAAAGAAGAUGGAAGCCCAGUACAGACAGUUUUUUGACCAUGUGAUAGUGAACGAGAAUCUCCAGGACUCAUGUGUGCAGUUGCUCAGCACAGUGAGGAGAGCUCAGGAUGAGCCCCAGUGGGUUCCAGCUACCUGGCUGAGGCCAGCCGCCCAGUCCUAGCAGCACGAGCUCCACAACAGAGCCAGGAGACAACCACGCUCUGCACAACAGCUUGAAGAGAACUGUCUCAAGCUGAGAGAUGUACGCAUUUUCAGGGCUGUGCAAGCAAAAUGUGUGCUCAUGUAAUCUGUAAUGUUUUGAGUGACACCAUCAUUAAUGGGGUAUUACUUUUUCUGUGGUUUAAUGUGGGCCAGUUUGCACCAUGAAAAAAUAAAUACACGUUUGAGUCCCUAAAUUGAAAUUAACCUUAUGAUAUGUGUUUGUUACUAGUUUUGUAACAUUGGGGUCUAUUUUAAUAUAUUGAGGUGAUUUAUUGACCCACCUCUUAAAAUUACAACACACAAUAAAAUAUAAUGUUAAGUGUUACGAUCUGUCACAGUUGAGAUCUUGAAAACAGUUUGAUUUUCCUUUGUCUUGAAGCCCUUGAUAAACCUUUCCCUCUGUGUUAGCCAGAUGCCUAAAACCCAGACGACUGUGUUGGAAUGUCAUUGUGUAUGCUGGGAUGUCACUGCGUGUAAAAAGUUUGUGACAAAAGGAAUAUAAUACUUUUUUAGUCUCUUUGUUUAUCAUAUUUAUUAGCUGGGUGUAAUAUAUUAAACUGUUACAUAGGCCCAUAAGAGUAAACUAUAAAAAUAAACACCUUUUAUAUUGAAUACUGUUUUACAUAAAUAAAACUCAUGUUUCUUUGUGAGCUGGGUUUUUUAAUACUGAUACUGUAUUUUUUAUUUGUUUUUCCCAUUUCUUGUUUGCUCUGGUCCUUCAUCGCACAACUCUGCAAUAAUAAAACUUGUAUUAGCAAC